GCAUGAACUCUCGCUCUCUCUCUCUCUCUUUCCGUCGUCGUCGUCCUUUCCAACAGCACUUUGGCUAGGUUUUGGCAUGCCUUAGUGCUGCUGCUGCUGCGGGUACUUGAGCGAUCGAUUUGUAAGAGCAACUGGUUGUCUUCCUUCUCCACUGAGCCAGCCACUACUCCUUCCACUUUCACUCGCUUUCACAAGUACACACAUUGCAAGUACGUAAGUGUAUAGGCUCUCCAUACGUCGCUCCUCCACACCACCAGCCUCAGUGCAAGUCCUGGCUGGCUGGCUGGCACAAGGGACCACGACCACUCCACCAACAAUGGCUCGCCCUCCACGCCACGACAAUUAGCACUUGCGGAGAGAGAGAGAUUUGAGUGGUGGUGCGACUAUGCAAUCCUCACCGAGACAAUCCAGACCUGGAGGAGGAGUGGUUGUGGGAGUGGUUGUCAGGAUGGUGUUGUUCUCGUGCAAUACUUUAUUAUACGGACCCUGUUCUAAGGUGACCCUGCAGUACCAGUGAGCCCUCCGCCAAACAUGGAGCGAGUCAAUUCUAUUAUGCACUCCCCCAAAAUCCAGCGGUCCAUUCGCAUCAACGACUCCCAGAUCAUCAUGCUGGCAGAGAAAGCGCGGUUCGACAAUGCGAUGAGUGGCUUUCUCUACAAAAAGUCCAGCGGUGCGGGAAAGUGGACGCGCAGAUACUUUAUCCUAUUUCAGAACUUGAUGUUUUACUUUGAAGCUGAAAAUGGAGUACGACCAUCAGGAGUGAUCAUGCUGGAAGGAUGCUACUGCGAGAGACUCAUUCUCAAAGACAAAUUAUAUUCUUUUGGAAUCACAUAUCGACGAGAAAAUCUUCGGCAUUACGAGCUACGUGCUGAAUCUGAAUCUGAAUGUAAAGCUUGGAUUGAUGCUGUUCGGGUGGCCAGCUUCAACAAGCUGCUGCUUCAGAAGGAAGAGUUGGAGCAGAAAUACCUUCACCUCGUCCAGAUCGUCGAGUCUGAAAAGACGGCGAAAUGGCAGUACACGGUCCAGUGUGAGCAACUUGCGUCAGAAAUAAAGAAAUUGCGUUCUGAAGUAAGUUCCAGUGUUCUCCGGCAAAAAUUAUACGAGAAGGAAUGGAGGUUCGGAGGUGGGGCGCAAACCUCUCUCACGACCGGCCUCGACUCGGAGGACCUCAAAAAGAUCAAAAAAGUCCAAAGCUUCUUCCGAGGAUGGCUCUGCAGACGGAGAUGGAAGCAGAUUGUGGAAGAAUACAUCAGAUCCCCUCAUGCCGAGGCCAUGAGGAAAAGAAACAGCCUCGUGUUCCGUAUGGUCGAGGCAGAGGAGGAGUACGUGGAACAGUUGGAAAUCGUCGUCUCUGGUUUUCUCCGUCCCAUGAGGAUGGCCGCCAGCUCGAAGACGCCUCCCGUAACUCACGAGGACGUUUCGAGCAUUUACCUCAACGUGGAAACGGUCCUCUUCCUCCACCAAAUCUUCCUCAAAGGACUCACGGCCAGGAUUGACUCCUGGCCCACGCUUGUUCUAGGUAUAGGCGACCUCUUCGACAUGCUCUUGCCAAUGUUGUCAAUCUAUCAAGAAUAUGUGAGAAAUCAUCACUACUCGCUGCAGGUGCUAACGGAGUGCAAACAACAAGCUCAGUUUGGUUUAAUGCUGAGCAGAUUGGAAAACAAGCCGGCGUGCCAAGGUCGCUCAUUGGAAGUAUACUUGACAUAUCCGAUGCACCAGAUUCCCCGAUACAUCAUCACCCUCCACGAACUCCUCGCCCACACCCCGUACGACCACGUGGAGAGAAAGUCGCUGGAAAAUGCUCGAGCUCAACUCGAAGAGUUGUCGAGACAAAUGCACGACGAGGUUAGCGAGACUGAAAAUCUCCGAAAAAACUUGGCAAUCGAGCGAAUGAUCGUGGAGGGGUGCGACAUUCUGCUCGAUGUCAACCAAGUGUUUGUGAGGCAGGGAUCCCUCAUCCACCUCAUCGAGUCGGGGAACAAGAAGGCUCGGACUCCAAGAAUCCUGAAGCCGGAGAAGGAAGCAGUGCGACAGUCCUUCCUCUUCUCGAACCACCUGAUUCUCACGACCAGGGCGGCGAACGGGAGGUUGCACCUGGUUCCCCACGUGGGAAAGAUCCCUCUCGCGGACGCAACCCUGAUUGAGGACCCCUCCGACGUGAAUGAGACCGAGAUCAAUGACGACGUCUCAAUCAGCUCUCAAAGUUCGUACUCUGACUCCAGCAAUUCCCAACUGAUCAAAAAGUGUGUCGUCCUUGCUGACACGCCACAUAUGGGGCUGGACUUUAAAAUCCUACUUGACACCAAAAAUGGCCAAGUCACGAUCCACAUGGUGGCUCCAUCAGCUCAGGAGAAGCAUGCCUGGACCUCGGAUAUUUCACAAUGCAUGGACAAUGUGCACUUUAACGACCUACUGCACGGAUCUGACUCUGCCUCCGUGGCUGUUCCGCAUUCCGUCAGAUCUGACCCCAAGCUGUUCAAGGACGACGUUGACAUUCGCUUCUCGAGGACAUUGAACUCGUGCAAAGUUCCACAAAUACGGUACGCCACUCCGCAACGUCUGCUGGAACGGCUGACAGAUUUGAGAUUCUUAUCCAUCGACUUUCUCAACACGUUUCUUCUCACGUAUCGAGUUUUCACCGACUCGGUGACUGUGUUGGAAGCACUGAAGAAAGUGUACUAUUGCGCAGAGCCCUUGGAGGGAGGUGACAAUUUGGAGGGGAUCGUGAAGGAGGACGACCCCCGGAUGGACGAAGGUUAUCGCAGAAUCUCAACCACCUCCACGGUCUCUGGAUACGGAACUGAGAGUGACAGGGAUCCUGCAAUCAUGUACGACUCGUCGAAAGGGCCCCACUGGAGGUGGAGCUAUCGCAAGAUGGAGGAACACUCGGGUGCGACAUAUCUCAGCCCUGCUGGUCACACAAGCCCUCCUGCGAGGAAAAAGUCGGUAACUUUGAGGGUGGAAGACAUUGGAGGUCAUCUGCUCGUCCCACCUGGCGCCUCCACGUCCUGUUCUAGUGAAACGCUUACAGAUCAGACUGCCAAAAAGCGACAUCACAGCAUUACUUCAAUCGCGUCUGAGACAUCCGAAUCUGAGACGGAGGAGGAAACCAAAAAGCCUGAAAACUUAAGUGCCGCUAAUUGUAAGACUAAUUCACCAGCUCAGACUAGGAAGGCUUCUUCCACUUCGAUUUAUGCAGCCAUUUUACAACGCAGAGCUUCGAAGCAGCGACCAUCUUUUGUAGAAUCGGAAAUGGGGGCCGGUUCAACACCAAGAUCCUCUUUCCAAACGCAUGGGUCAGAAUCGCCCCAGAUGAGCAGCAAGGCUGGCGUGGUGGUAACAAGUUCGCGACAAUCACAGCGGAGGUCAAGCAGCGCUUCGGCCGCGGCGGCAUUCGCAAUCGCAACGGCUGGGACGACGACGACGAGGGUCCCGGGCCAAACGGAAGUCGUCGUUCCUGAAAAUGAGGAGUUGAAGUUUGUACGGCCGAGGAAGGAAUCGGUCCUCUCCAGCGCGGCGACGAUGCGUGUGCUCUCCGUGCUCAGACACUGGGUGGCCAAACAUAGCCAGGACUUUGACGAUCCGCGACUCAGGGACCUCACCGUGUCCUUUCUGGAGGACAUCCUCUGCUCCCCCGCCCUCCUGCCGGCAGAGAACAAAGCAGCCUCACAACUCCUCAGAAUGCUGACGAGAGAAGAGACAAAGAAGACGGACCUGACUUCACUGUUGGCAGCAGUUCAGGUAUGGACAAAUAAAUUAAUAUCCACCGCUCUCUCACUCGCCAUUUCAUUAUUUCAGAGCAAAGAGACAAUCGAAACCUUAUCAGCAUUGGAAAUUGCUGAACAAAUGACUUACUUGGAUCAUGAGAUUUUCAUUUCAAUCAGAUCAGAAGAAUUUUUGGGCCAGUCAUGGACGAAGGAUGACAAGGAACAUCGCGCGCCGCAUAUUUUGCUAAUGACCCGAAGAUUUAAUGAAGUUUCUAGACUCGUGGUGUCAGAAGUUAUUCGUCAGCCCAAUCAAACCGGAAGACUUCAGGCCAUGGAAAAAUGGGUGGCUGUCGGCGACAUUUGCAGGGUUCUCCACAAUUUCAAUGGUGUUCUCCAAAUUUGCGCAGCGUUUACCAACUCUGCCGUCUAUCGGCUCAAGAAAACUUAUGAGAAACUUUCAAAAACCACCAAGGGGACUUUGGAUCGUUUGCACAGCUUGGUUGGGAGCGAUGGACGGUUUCGGGGGUUGCGAGAAGCCCUCCACCGAGUCGAUCCCCCAGGGAUUCCGUACCUGGGAAUGUACUUGAGCGACCUGACAUUUAUUGAGGAAAGCACUCCCAACUUCACAGCGGACGGUUUACUGAAUUUCGCCAAGAUGAGAAUGAUUGCUCACGUAAUUCGCGAAAUUCGACAAUUUCAACAAACUCCGUACAAGAUUGAGUAUGGUGCCAAAGCCAGUAGUUACCUGAGGGACCCCAAACUGCUCCUUGAUGACGAUCAACUCUACAAAUUAUCUCUGCAGAUCGAACCCAAGCAGGCGAGACUCACGUCACAAUCUUCACAGUCUUGAACAAUUAGUCAGUCCAUACGACGACGGGUCGGUACACCCCAGAUCACCCAUCAUCACUAUAUUACUGCUAUGAGAUAGUAGUUUCCUCCCUAUGAAAAAAACAGUAAUUCAAAGGUUGCCAAAUGACGCAACUGUAUAAUUAUUAUACAAACGUAGAACUGGAAAACCAUUCUCAAAAAAUUUGCUCCCGAACCUGCACUCUGACUCAAUCAGUAUCUCUAUCUCUCUAACUACAUAAAUACAUAUAUCUCUAUCUAGACAUAAAUAUUUACAUAUAUUAAAAUGACGUAAAACCCUUAUUACUAUUAAUCAGAUGGAAUCAUCAGUAUUCAGCAACAUGUAACAGCAGCAGUAUUCGUAUUAUCAUCAUAUCCUUACAACACCAAAUACUUAGAAUCCUAUCAAAUAGACGAAACGAUCAAGUAUACUAAUGAAUUUAAGCGAAUAUAUGUACAAGAGCAUACGUAAUGACGCUCUCUCUCUCUCUUUCUCUCUCAUCAUAAAAAAUACUGAUGAUGAAUGUAGAAAAAUGUCUCCCAAAAGACUAAAGAAAUCAAAAAAGUCUCUGAAAAUCUCUUCCACCAAAAACUGAGGACGUUUUAUGUAAAACUAGUUCUUCCAAUGCAUUUCUGCUGGGCUGGAUCAUUUCCAUUUAGACAGAGCAAGUCAAGCAAGGCAGAGAGAAAGUAAAAAGAAAGUCAAGCCAUCAUUUUUGGCGUGUGUUCCAUUUAAUGAAGCCGUGAUAUCCGUACUAAAGUUAGCAACACUAGAGUACAAUAAGUCCCCACCCCUUCAUCUCUCCACAUGUACUAAUAAAAUUAACAUGGUGUCACCCCUCCCCACAUCCCCACUACCACCAUCAUCAUCAUCAUCAUGAUAACUGUUGUCCCACCCCCGAACUACUACUAAUAAUAAUGACCACUACGCUUUUUGUGAAGCACGUCUCAUCUCAACGGCACAAUAACUGGAGGAGACGAUGUAUAAUAAUUCCUGUGACCCUCCAUUCCACUGAUAGCCUGCCUGAUUCGUACCCCCAAUUUACUAACUCCUCCUCCCACCACCCCUCACAAUCGUCGUCAACACAUAUGAAUUAUGUAUAUACGUGAUAAAUCUCUCUCAGAACUGCUCUCUUAAAUUUUUUAUGUCUCGUUAUACUCUAACAUUAAUUAUGUACUUUAUAUUCGUGAUUAUGAUGAUUAUGUGAAACCUUCAGGAAAUGACAACACUUUAAUAACUGUAAAAAGAACGUAGACGGGUGUGACGAGUCAAAUAAUCAACUCGUCUCUCAAUUAUACUACGAUACUCUCUAAUUUUUG